AUGGAGCUGUACCUGAGCGCCUGCUCCAAGGCCGCCGAGGCCGCCGCCGCCGCCGCCGCCGCCACCGCCGCCAGCGGGCUGGGGCCCGACGGGCAGGGACGCGGAGACGGAAAGCACAGGACCCAAUUUCCGGGCGUCGGGGCCGCCCAACUUCUGGAUAUGCCGCUGGGGGCCAAACUCCCGCUGAUUCCUGGAAGCAACACUUUGUUCUACACCACUAACCUCGGGGAAAAGCUGUUCCAGCCCUCGAGUAGCUUCAACCUUUCGGACCCUUACGGUCUGCUCCUGGAGAGCAAAUACCGGAGUCUCCACGACCCCCACCUGAGUUCGUAUUACAAGCGCAAAGACAUGUUGCAGAGACUGAAGAAAGGAGGCUACAUCACCAGUAACAACAAAAUUGUGUGCACCUUGAGGGAAUUUAACAGAUACAGGCAGUACCUGACCAGCCUCAAGUUGGACUUUGAAAGAAACUAUAUCCGAGAGCAAAAAUUACUGGAGAAACAAGUGAGGCAGCUCCAGGAGACGAGCGAGGUCCCGGAAGACACGGACGCAGCCCAGUUCCGCAGCUGGUUGGUGCAGGAAGGAGCUCAAUGUAUCCAGAAUCAGGAGCGUUUAAUAAGACACAGAUAUCUGGACAUGAUCAGCAGGGAACUGGAAAACCUGGAGCGGACCACGGAAGAGCAGUGUCUCCAGCAGCUGAACGAGGACGAGAAAAGACAUCGGGAGCACACGAGGAGAAAACUCAGCCUUCGCCGAAAGAUCGAAGAGGAAUGGAAGACCAAAGAAAUGUUACUUCUGGCCAAAAUUGGAGAAGAAGUCAAGAGAGAAGCUAGAGUAGAGGAACUGCGAAAGAAAAGCCGAGAAGAGAAGGAUAGAAAGAAGCAAGCUCUUCUAGAGAGGAAAAUGGUGUAUCACUUACAAAAAUUACAAGGACAUGAUAGCAGACGAGAAGAGAAGAGGAGAAGUACACUGGAAAGCAAAGGACUAGAUGGUUUGGCGUUGGAAACUGAAGACAUCGAAAAGCAAGCUUCUUCUCCAAAGAGAAAGAAGACUAGAAAAAGCCAAAGACGACACCACCCAGAACAGAAAUCAGCCGGCUUAGAGAAAGGACCCGCCGCCCAGGCGACUCAAGCCUCCUCGACUCUCGUAAAGGACGUCUCCAAAAAACCGGCCGAGCACGUGGUCUCUCAAAGUGACGCAGAUACUCACGGUGCCCCAGACCCCAGCAAACGCAAUUUAGAGGAUGCUCAGGUAAAACCCUGUUCUUCCGUGAAAGAGGUGAAUGAAAAUUCCAAAAUUAUGCCUGAACCAGGUAUCUCGGAGCUGACCGAUCGGCUGUUGGCUCUCUCCGACCACAUUUUAGCUCUCCAGAGCUCCAGUCAGCCUCCCCCCGACAACUCUAGUGCCAACGGCCCGCCGCCAGCCAAGAGACCGUUCACGAAGGACCGGAAUUUUGAAGGGGGUGAAAAGAAGCAUAGUUUGCAAAGUGAAACAGCCCAAUUUCACCAACCUCCAACGCGCUCCCCGUCGCGCCACAAGGCCAAGCCCGUCCCUCCGGCGGGGCCGGACGCCACACCGCCUCCGGGCCUCGCCGACUCAGACCAGAACCUCUUGAAAAGCGACUCCCACGGGAAGGGGCGAGCGGACGAGCUCAGCAACAUCAUCGAGAACAUCAUGACGUGGGUGGUGGCCACGGUGACGGGAAUACUGUUCCCGGCCAUCACCAUGUACGAAGAGAAGCUACGAGCCACCCUGCGCUCCUCGUCGGGGGACUCGUCCCCGUCUUCCCAGAGCUUCAGCGGGUGCAGCACCUGUAGCGCAGAGCCCACGCACAGGCACGCCUCUCCCUCCCCGGCCGCCCAGCCCGCUGGCCCCGAAUCCGAAGCGGCCCCGGCCGCGAGAGCGGUCACCCCGCCGUCGCCCCGGCCGCCGUCCGGGCCUUCCCAAACCGAGGCCUCGCCUCGCCCAGAAGUGGCCACUUCUCCGGAAGAGCUCCUCGGCGAAGAGCCGUCGAUCGAGGCCGAACAGAGCGGCGCCGAGGCGGGCGGGCGGCCGGCGGUCUCUCCCCAAGCCGCCCCGGGGUCCCCGCCCUCCAAGGACGCCGCCACGGAAACCCGGGAGUCUCCGGUGGCCGGCGCGGGCCGGGCCUCCGAUCCCGACGAGCCGGCGGGGAAGCGAGCGGCGCCAGACGUUUUCAUUCGCUUCACGGGCCAGCUGCGAGACGAGACCGAGGCGAUUCUGGAGGGCGUCUUCCAGAAAAUCACGCGCGACCUGAUGGAGGCCCUCCCGCAGCUCAACGUGGCGGCGGAGUUCCACCUCACGGAGCGGGCCCCGGGGGCCGGCCGGGAGGCCCGGCCGGUCCCGGGGGGCAUCAUCUCCAAGGCGGACGUGCGCUGCGUGGCGGGCGACAUCGUGGAGAACAUGCUCGGGAAGCUGCAGGCGGCCGUGGAGAAGAAGAGGAGCGAGAUCCUGCCGGUGGAGGAGCCGCCCCGGGGGCUGGGGGCCUUCGGCCUGACGGCCAGCCAAGAGCACUUUGCCACCCACGGGCCGGAACGAGCCCAACGCUCCUCCGACCCCUGCCCCCCGGGGCUCGCGUGCGACAUCGCCGACGACAUGGUGAGCAUCGUCCUGGAGAAGCUCACGUCCUUCGCCCACUGCAAGCAGAACGACCUCUCGGGCGGGAAGCGGCCCGUCGAGGCGCCCGCCCUCGAGCCCCCCGGUCCGGCGGUGCCCCCCGCGACCGCCCCGUCCCCCCCGGUCCGGCCCCAGGUCGCCCCGGCCACCGAGGACGUCGCCCGGGCCCUGUCGCGGUCGUCCGUGGUGCGGCACGUGGAGGACGCGAUCGGCGCCGUCCUCGGUUACAUCAAGAAGGAGCUCGACGACGAGCGGAUGUUCGUAUCCGAAGAGGGGGUGGGGCUCCUGCGCCUGCUCGACGACCUCCUCGGGGAACUGGACGCCGGGAAGUCCGGGGAGGCCCGAACCCGUCAGGAAGACCGAAAUCAGCCCCCGAGGGCCAGCACCCCCGUCCCCCACAAAGGAGGCUACAGAGUAGCGGCCUCCGGAGCUCCACCCGCGGACCCUCGAGCCGGAAGGCCGUCCCUGCCCAUCAACGUGCCCGGAAUGGUCAUCUACUCGGAAGAGGAGACGGAAGCGGCGGAGAAGAUGGUGGCGAGUGCCCUUGACUCGUGCUACGGCGACUGGCCGCCGUCGGGCCCGCGGGACGGCUCUGGGCGAGCGGGCCCGAGAGAGGACCGGCUCCGGGUCAACUCAGCCUUCCCGGACCCGCCGGGAUCCCUCGGCAAGGAGUUGGAUGCCCUCGGUGACGCGAGCGGCUCCCCGGGACGUUCGCGCGUCGACAGGGAGGCCGCCGUCUUCAGCCGGGAUGAGAAACGGCCCAUCCAGCGGGCCGCCGAGAACGUCGUGACCGCCGUCCUGUCCGAGACGUUCCACACCGUGGCGGGGCCCGGCCGAGACCCUCCGGCCUCCACACUCGGCCCCGAGGGGAGGCCGGCCCGGGCCCCGGACCCCCCGAUCCCCGCGGCCGAGGUGAGGGCCGUGGCCUGCGAAAUGGUCGACGCCGUGCUGGCCACCCUCCAGGCGGCCGCCCUCCGUCUCCCGACGGACUCCCUCCCCGCCCCGGCCGGGGGAGCCCUGGACGUCUGGUUCGAGAGCGGCAAGAAGAUGAAGUCCCUCCCGCCCCUGGGCCCGGACCGCGGAACAUCCGCCCGGCCGGAACCUAGGCCGGGUGAAAUCGGGGACCGCCUCGACGGGCUGAUCUCCAAGCAGCUCAAGACCCUGGUCUUCUCCCGACUACAAGCUGGUCCCGAUCCCGGCUCCCACAGCUCCGGCCGGCGCUCCCGGGUCCCCCCGGGCCCGGGCUGGGCCGCGACCGCCCGUCCGCCGUUGAAGGGUGCUUCCCUGCGGGAGGAACUGGAGGUCUACACCGCCAAAGUGGUCCGUGUCGUCUUGGGCACCAUUCAGACCGAGCUGGAAGCCAAGAAGGAGGAGCGACGGGCCGGCCACCCCGCUCGCCGUGCCUCGCCUGCCCCCACGGCCCCACUGGGCAUCUCCGACCGGGAGCUGGACUCGAUGGUGAGCCGCCUCAACGAUGAAAUCAUGGCCAGCUCGCUGGUCACCUGCGUCUUUGAGCUGCUGGCUGGCUCCCGGGACGACGCGGACGACGCCCUCCCCGGGAGCAUGGAAGGGGGCGAGCGUCGGACCCGGCCCGCCACUCCCGCCGCCCCACGGCGCUCCCUCCCCCGAGAGUGCGGGGCUCGCCCGUGCGUCCUCCACAGCGUGUUCGACGACGGCGGAGAGUCGCGCCACCCGGAGCGGCUCAGAGCCCGCGUCCUGAAGGGCAUCGGUGCCACCCUCGGCGAGAUGCUGCAGAGGGUCGGAGGGGAACCGGAGCGCGCCCCCCGGGACCCCCGCCCUUUCGGCGCCCCCGGCGAGGCGUGUUCCCUCGAGCGGCUUCGCGCGGCUCCCGGCCUGGAGGCCCGGAUCCAGCUGGUGUCCAACGCCAUCCUGGAAGAUAUCCUCAGGGAGCUGUGUUGCACGGAGAUGGACGGCCAGGAGCGGGACGCCGGAAGGCGGCGGGAUCCCGACGGCCCGCUUCCGUCCACGCUCGACGAGAUGGUCCGGUGCGCCGACGUCAUCUCCUCCAUAGUGGCAGCCGUGGCCCAGGAGGGCGGCGGGGAGGAGGGGGUCUCCGGGAAGGCCGUGGCGACUCCUCCCCUGACGGGCGGCACCCCGCCACCCCUUCCCCCCCCGACUGAGAACGGUGGCCUCCGAGAUCCUGGGCAACGUCUUCGCCCAGCUGGAGGGUCUAGUCGGCGCCAAGGCCGCCGCCGGGCCGAGCCAGGCCGGACGGAAGUACGGGAAGGUCACCUUUGCCCUGACGGAGGCCGCGGGGGCGAGCGAGGACGACGGGGUCUGCUGUGGAGUGGGGGUCCAGGCCGACCGAGUGCGGGCCGUUUUAGAGGGCCAGGCCCGGAAGGUGUCGGGUGUCAUACUGAAGGCCAUCCAGGCGCAGCUCAACGGACCCUCGGGGCCUUCCGGAGGAGGGGCCGGGGGACUGUCCCGCCAAGAGAAGAUCGUGUGAGCAACCUGGUCGACCUGAUGUUGGACGCCGUGCCCCCGGAGAUAUUUAAGGCGCCGGGACUCGCCGAAAGUCCCGGUUCGGCGUCGGACCCUCGGACCCGGCGCCCAGGGCCCGCCCGGGGGAGUCUACCAGGCGGGGCAGAACCCGAGGCUUCACCUCAAGCGUCGACCCCGACGGAGGGCGGGCAAGGGCCCGGGGAGAGGCCGCGGGAUCCCCCCAGGCCUCGGCACCUGGAAAUGACCUUGCGGAAAAUGGAAGCCAAGCUCAGGGAACCCCAGAGCUCGCCCGUCGUGCCCAUCGCGAGACGGGCCCUGAGGGAGAUCUUCCACAUGGUCCUGAGCUCCGGGAGCGUGUCUCUCUCUUUCGCCCGUCUCCGGGCCGCCGAGGAGCCGGCGGGCAGGACCUCCGAGGUCCACCUUGUCCGCCGGACGUUCGGCCUGCCGGUGUCGGAGGCGGACGUCACGGCCGUGACGGACGCCUUCGUCCAGACUGUGUUCCGCAAGCUGUACUCGGCCGUGGGGACCAGCCGGCAGGUGCCGGACGGGGGCCUCCCACCCGUCGUCCCAGAAACUGGCCUCCCCUCUCUCCCAGCCCGCAAAGAGGAGGCCGGGUCGGCAGCCUCCGGCUCCAGAGGCGAGGUCGGUCUAGUGGAGGACAUGGUCCAGACGGCCCUGACGCAGUUGGGGGCGUUUGCGACGUCUAAAGCGAGGGCCCUCGUCGGCCCCGGGGCCCCCGCGGGACCCCCGGCCGGACCCCGGCGACCCCCGGCCCCGAGCCACCAGAGGUUGCCCCGUCUCCCCACCGAGCGGUUCUCCUUCUGUUCGAUACAGUUUGGCCAGGAAAUGGCGACCACGUCAGAGGGCCCUUUCGCUCUCCCCAGACUGGACACCUACGCGUCGGAAGCGGCCGGGAAGAUACUGCGGGAGAUCAAACGCGAGCUGCGGGAAGGAGCGAAAGGGACCUCGCCGGUUCCUCCCCUUCUGUUCGCUCAAAGCGCGGAGGCCGGGCGGAUCGUCGACACCGUGCUGGACGUCCUCUCGGCGAGGGGGAGAUCCGAUCGGCUCCCGCCGGACGGACUGACCGGCUCGGGGCAGGGAGCGAGGGCGGGUCGGAAGGUGUUCCAGAAAACCGAAUAUCGGCGGGAACUCCAGGUCCAGAUUCAAGAUACCGUCGAGGCUAUCUUAGAAGACAUCUAUGAGAAAACCCUGCGAGAGCAAUGGGGUUCCGCCCACGGGACGUCGGGCACCAGCUGGCCGUCCGUCCGGAGACGGGAUGCCGUUCCCAAGUCGGCCGUGGCUUCGGUCGCUAGUGACUCGGCGGAUCUCGUGCUUCAGAACCUCAGGUGGGCCGUGGAGAUCGGCCUCGCCGGUCCGGAGUCGGCUUCCCCCACCCUGCCCCCGCUGCCCUGCGGCCCCCUCUGCGUCCAAGAAGAGGCCGGCGGGGACCCGAGGGGUGAGAGGGAGAGAGGCCGAGGCCCGGGGUCGGGGAAGAGAAAUGGGAGCGAGUGCCUCGAAACCCAGGAGGAAGCGGCCCCGGCCGGAGAGGGGAGGAGUCAACGACUUCCCGAACUGGGGAAGGGCGCGGCCGAGAACAUCACGAAGACCAUCUCGAGCAGGUUGGAGACCUUCGCCAGGGAAAACCUGGGAUUCUUGCCGAGGCUCGCUUCCGAAACGACGAGGAGAUCGCUCGCUCGGUUGUCCGAGCCCGGACUGGGCGGCCUCACGCCGCAGGUGAUCACCGUGGACGAAGCGGAGGAGGUUCCCGCCACCCCUCGGGCCCGAAGCAGCUUCCCCGCGUACGCGGCGCUCAUCGCCAGCGCCGCGCUGAAGCGGAUCCAACGCGACCUGGACCGAGAGGUCCGAGCCGCAGGCCCGGAUCGGGACGACGCUUCCUUGCGCGAGAAAGUCACGGCGAGCGAAAUCGUGCGGGCCAGCCUGAAGGCCCUGUCUGGCACCCCGACGAGAGAUCCGGGCCGGAGGAGAUCUUCCCGACGCGCCGCUCCCUUCGAUUCCCAAACGACGCUUCGCGGGGAGGCUCCGUCGGCAGCGAUGGGCGGGGAGGACGGUGAUGACGGGACUCUGCGUUCUGACUAUCCCGGGGAUCCCGAUGGGUUCCUGGAGGAAAGCGAAAGGCAGGGAGGUCCCCUGGAGGAAUUGCUUAGGAGAUGGCAGAGAUCGGGGCAGGGAGAGAUGGCUCAGGUGUCAAGGGCUGUGGAAGAGGUUCUGAUUAAGGUGGUCCGGCAGGUGACGGAAGAGAGGGAUCGGGGGCCACCAGGGAUUCUGAGGGACGGAUCCAAGCUCCGGCCUUCGGCCGCCCCCGUCCGGGGAGGGAUCCCCCGGCUGCCCGUCAGUUGGGUGGCGGGCGACAUCGUCGAAAGCGUCGUCGGGAAGAUGUACUCCAUCCUCACGGCGGACCUAGAAACGGAGGCCGCCUCUCCGUCCGCUGGACGGGGAGCCGGUGGGGGCGAGUCUCCGCCGGGGGCUCCGGGUUCCCCUCCUCCUCCUUCCUCCUACGAGGACGGAGAUGCCAGCGGAGCAGACGGUCCGCUGGCAGAGGCCCCGUCGGGCUCCCGGGGGAUGGCCGGAGAGGAGCUCGUCCAGAUCGCCUUACACAAGAUCACCGCGUGGGUGGCCCUGGAGGCGGAGGGGGCCAUCCCGGGGCAGUCCGAGUCGGGAACCGGGCCCCGGGGGCCCCCAGGUCUUGCGGGAGAAGAUCUGGUCCCGCCCCCUUCCCCCCACUUUUUCUCGACGGGAGACGGUCACCCCCACCGCCCGGCCUCGGCCGGACCGUCCCAGGCAGAGCUCAAGGCUUACGCCCGAGAGAUCGUGAGUGACAUCUUAGAGACCGUCGUGCGGGGCCUCCACCGACUCCAGGAGGAGCGGGGACCGUCGAACACAGGGACGUCUCCCCCCGACCAGAUCACGGCGGCCAGCGAAAGGGCUCGGGCGGUCCUGAGAGACCUGAAGGCCGCCGACUCGAGCGACCUCCCCCGUGGUCCAACUUCUCCCCCGGCGAGAGGGCUUCCGUCUCUGGAGCGGGGUCCCGUUGGGCGACCACCCCGGGGCCCCUCUCCCGGAGGAAAUGCAGUGGAGAUGCUGUUGGGCGGGUGGCAGGCGGGGGCGAGGGACCCCGAAAGCGGCCGGAGAAGGAUAGCUUCAGCCGCCGAGAGCGUCUUGGGCGAGCUGCUCCUGAAAACCCAAGAGUUGGAGCAUGGUGUGCCCCUCCUGAACGCACCCCCUGCAGAAGCUGGAGAGAGCACGUGGCGCGACGGUCUCCGGAGGCCUCCUUCCGCCUCCUGCCAAGCGCAAAUCGAGUCGUUCGGCCGGGAGAUGACGACCGUUCUCUUGGAAAAGCUGGAGUCGUGCCUUUCCCUGCCCGGGCUCUCCCCGGCAGGUAGGGACGUGGCCGUCAGGAGGAAAGGCCAGACCGCUAGACGGAGUAAACAGGGGAGACACCUCUCUUCGUGGAAACAGAGCUCGAGCGCCUCUCCGAGCCGGCGAAAGAAAGCCAGGGUUCUCCCCGGCCCGGAAACGGCCCAAGAGAUGGUGACGGGCGUCUUGCACACCUUGGAGAGGUUCGCCGACGCGCAGCUGGGACGCGGGUCCGCGUACGAGCUGUCGGAGCUGAUGGAGAUGCCCCCGGACGGCUCCCGUCCCCCACCGCCCGGCAAGAGGAGGCUGCCCCGACUGAGGCCGCAGAGCGACCCGUGCGACGUGGCCCGAGCGGGAGGCCCUCCCGGGGGGGAUUCCAUCCGGAAGACGCUAGCCCCGAUCCAUGCCUUCCAAUCCGAACUGCGGGGCCACGCCACGGAAGCAGUCAGACGCAUGCUCGGGGUCACCAAGGGCCUGCUGGACGAGGAGAUCCUCCGGCUAGAGGCCGCCCCGCCGAGCGAUACGAGGGACCACGUCCGGGCCAGCGAGGUCAUCCUUUCCCUGAUGGGCCAGUGCGGGUCGAGCCCCGGAAAGGCGGUCUUCCGGUCCUCGCCGGGGAACGCGCCCUUGGGCGGGCCGGCCCCGGGAGCCGGGCGCACGUACGUCGUCUACCGGGCCGAGAUGGCGGCGGGGACCGAGGCGCCCGGCCGGAGACCCAGAGACGGGCUUCUCCGGGAAGAUCUGGGCCCCGUCAGCGUGCCCGGCAUGGUGGUCUACGCGGAGGACGGAGGGAAGAGGCAGGACGGGGCCUCCCCGUACCUGGCUCCGUCGCUCCGCUACUCCGCGGGUGAACCCGUCAGAGCUCUGGGCCCGGGGCCCGUCCCGGCGUCGGGGCCGAGGUGGUUUCGGAGAGAUGGAGGGGCGUCGCCCGCGAGGGUCCGCCGGACCGACUCCGUGGAGCGAGACCUCGCCUUCCAGGGAGGAUCCCUCUGGGAAGGCGGCAUCUGGGCGAAACUGGGCGGGAACGAGCGGGCCUCUCCCACCGUCGGAGCGAGACGGACUUCGCCUCCCGGGGCCUCAGGUGGGAAGGGGGCGGACACUGAACCCCUGCUCCCAGUCGGGGACCCCAAGGAUGCCGCCGUGUCGCCGUUGAAGAUCUGCCUGGCGGCGGAGAACAUCGUCAACGCCGUCCUGGGGGGCUGCGGGGCUCGGGAUCCCCCGGUCUCGCGGGGAGGCCAAGUCGAAAUGCUCAAACCGUUCUUCGCCUCGCCGAAGACGCCUCCUCUCUCCAGGUCGACCUCGCCCGCCCCCGGAGACCCAAGCCGGGGCCACCCGCUCGUCACGUGGGGCGGGGAGAGGCCCGGACGCCCCGGGGAGGGACGGGGAGUCCCCCAGGACCGCGACCAGGCCGCCGGGGAGGACGCCCUGCUUUCCAGAUGGGAAAAUAACCGGCCCCGCAAGGGGAAGAGGUCCGAACCCCUGAGACGACCGGAGGCCAUCGCCUUCGCCGAACAGGACCUGGGCCCCGCCGAGAUCCAUCUGGUGGCGAGGCGAGUGGUGGAGGCCGUGGUCUCGUGUCUGAAGGGCCUGAAAUUUCGAGGGUCCUACAACCGAAAGGCCGCCGGCAUUUCCAUCCUGUCGAGGAAACUGGCCGUCCGUCGGCUGGAGUCCCGGCCGCCCCCGGCGGGCCUCGGGCGAGCCCCCGGCCCGCCCUGGGGCAGAGAGACCGAAGCCUCUCUGGAACUGCUGUGCCACCACCUGACGGAUGCCGUCGUCUCCCACGUCGUGUCGCGAGUCUCCGACGGCCCCGCCCGGCCGAGAGCGUCCCCGGCCCCCGACCGGGUGGUGUCCGUCCAGUCCCGGGGGCCGGGGCUGAGGCGGUUGGAACGCCUCGUGGUGCCCGUGAGCGCCCUGGCCUCGGGCAUCUCGGACGUCACCCUCCGAAUCCUCUCCAACAGCAACAUCCUGCGGGCCGCCCGGACUGGGGGCCGGCCUCCGGCCUACGGGUGGUACCCGGGGGUGUCCGACGCCGACCUGGACGAGGUCUUCCAAGACCUCCUCGUAGCGGCGAUUCACGUGUUGUCCCAGGGGUUGCGAGCGAAGGCCGGGCCUGGGGGUCAAGGACGACCCUUCCCCCAGCCGAAGGGCGCCCGCUUCCCGGACGCCCGUCCGGGGGCACCCCGAGGCGUUCUGGACCGGCCGUCCCCGGGCGACCCAAUCCGGCCCCUCGCCGACAAGAUCGACCGCCUCCUGGGCAGCCUGAGAAGCAACGAAUCGAAAGAGCUGGUCCAGACGGUUUUUCGGAUCGUGUUUGACUUGUUCCCGCCCGGGGAUGACGCGGGACCAGCGGGCGCGUCCGAGGGACCCGCGGACGACGUCCUGGGCGCCCUUCCUUCCCGUCUCGGCGCCAGCCGACCGGAAAGCGGCCUGGGCCUGUCCCCCAGGUCCGCCUUCCUGCUGAACGUGGUGUGCGAGAAGCUCAUUCGGACGCUCUUAGAGCAGUGCACCGAUCUCGAGCGCGACGCCCGUGGAGCUCUGCUCGAGGACUUGUCUGAGCGGCUCCUCCCCCGGAUUCGGAGGCACGGGGAGGACGACCCCCGUCGGCCUAAGAGGACGGAGGACGCCGGCCCGGCGGAGCCACGACGGGGAGGCCCGAGGUUCGCGGAGGAGGCCGAGCCCGGCCUGGAGCCGUCGGACUCCCUGCUGAGCGUCAUCUCCCACGGCCUAGUCAAGUCCCUGAUGGAGAAGCUGGCCGCCUCCGGUAGUCAUCCGUCCCCAGCCCUGGAGGCCCCGCUGCCGUCCCCUCGCCCCUUCGGGGGCAGGGAUGAGGGGACGGCCUCCGGCUCCCCGGCCGGGAAACCGGGACCGCGGCCCGCCAAAGGAGCCCUGCCGCCCGGGAGUCCGGCUCCGGGAAGCGUGAAGACGAAAGGGGCGUCGCCGCUUGGGCCCCCGAGCCCGGCCGGGCCGGACACCCGCGUCUACUCGGCCACGUUCGUGGAGACCGUCAUCUCCGACCUCUUCUCCCAGAUCUUCGCCUCGUUCCGGGACGGGGCGGGGUGCCUCCCGGACGCGGAGUUGGACAAGCUGAACGUGCGCUUCGUGGAGCCCGUGGUGGAGGCCUUCAACCGGGCCCCGGUCAGCGUCCUCCAGGACGCGGAGGAGAGGCUGUGCUUCCCGCCGCUGUGCGGGGAGGCCGUCGACCGGGUCGUCGGGUCUGUCUUCGGCGAGGUGCUGCGGGAGUACCGGGCCCGGGCGGCCGACGGGCGGGGGGCGGCCGGCGACCUCGACGCCCUGGCCGAGAGGACCACCCGCCUGGUCUUGGGAGAGAUCCUGGAUUACCAGCUCCCGCCGUGCUUCGUGGGGAAGCUGCCUCCCGGCGCCUACUCCCCGCUCCGGGCCGAGGGCGUCCUGCGGAAGCUGAACGCCAGCCUGCGGGCCGCCCCCGCCGCGUACUCCACCGUGCUGCCGUACUCGUUCCUGGAAGAGGUGAUCCGGAGGCUCGCGGCGCGGCUCUUCCCCCCGACGGCGGGGGACCCCGACCCGUCAACGCGCGCGGUCGACGAGAUCACGCAGGCCGUCUCCAAGCACAAGAUCUGGCUGGCCGGCCACGAGGCCGAGAGAGACGGCCGCUCCGAAGCGGCCCUGCGGAGGAUGGUGGACUCGGUCUACGGCCACCUCCUGCGGCUGUCCGGCUCCCGGAGGGCCGUGCGGAAGAGCAUCGCCGGCCAGAGCCCGCUGGUCGUCGACCGGAUCGCCGGCUUCAUCGUCCAGGAGAUCGCGGACCAUCACCUCCGGCCCUUCCUGUCUGCCGGGAUGGCCCCCCGCUUCCAGGCCCAGGUGGAUCCGGCUCCCGCCCCGUGCGUAGGCAGGCCCGGCGGGGGCGUCUACCCCGCGCCUUUCCCAGAGCACGCUCUGACCGGGCUGUCGUCCGAGAUCGUCCCUCUGAGAGGAGGCGGGGCCGGAGCCCAGGCUGUACGUGACGGAGACGUGGUGGACCACCUCGUGGACUCGGUGUAUGGCGACGUGCUGAGGCAGCACGGGCUGGACCCAGGGGUGGCCCGCCUCCCUCACCCCCUCUUCUCCGGGGAGUCGGCGGCUCCUCCCGCCCCGAUUGACGCCGCGGUCCACGCCCCGGGCCCCUACAGCACCGUGCUUCCCUACGCGUUCCUCGAGGACCUGAUCGUCGGCCUCCUGGCCCGGAUCUUUUCUUCGAGCCCACCGAGGGACGGGCCCGGGGACCCUCCGCGAGCCGGCCUCAACGCGGUGGCUUCGCGGCUCAUCGGCGACAUCAGGGCGAAGAUCUUGAGGCAUGAAAUCGGGUUCUCCCGCGACGGGGAGGCGGCGGCGGCCGUCCACUCGGAGGAAGAGGUCCAGAGCCUCGUGGACUCGGUCUUGGGGGGCAUCGCGCGGGAGUCCGGCCCGCGGGAGGCCCCGCAGAGGGACCCGGCCGGCGGCGGCACCGGAGACGUCCCAGCCGACCGGAUCGCCGGCGCCAUCGUCCAGAGCGUCUGCCGCCGGCACCUGCAGCCGUUCGUAACCGCGAGGGUCCCCCCUCGGCCCUCCGGUGAGACGACGCCCUGGUUGGGCCUUGGCGCCCGGAUCUACCCUUCCGCCUUUCUGGAGGAGAUCACAUCCGGGGUCGUGGCCAAAAUACUCGGCGGUCAACCGGGAGGCCCCGGGAGCCAACUGGAGGAGCGGGCCGCGGGUCUGACGCGCUCGGUCGCCGAGGAGUUCGCCAGGGCCCGUGUCAGCGUCCUCUCCCAGGCUGCCGAGGAGACCCUGGGCCUGCCGCCCGUCGAGAAGGCCGUGACCGCCAGAAUAGUCGACUCGGUCCACCGGCGGGUCCUGAGGGGGUCCUGCUUGGCCCGUCAGGGCGACCCGAGGACCCUCGCCGAGGAGAUCGCCGGAGUCGUCCUGGCGGAGACUUGCCACUUCCAGCUCCAGGCCCGCUUGAAAGGGCGGGUCCCGCCCGAUUCCUUCUCGACCCUGAAGGCGGAAGCGGUGACUUGGAGGGUCCGAGAGCGCCUGGGCCCCGGCGGGCCCCCCGCGGGCUACACGUCAACCUUCUCCUACGCCCAGGUGGAAGAGAUCGUCACCCGGCUCCUGUCCCGGGUGGUCCCCCGGCCCGGCCCCGACGACCCCGCCUUCCGCGAGACGGUCUCGAGACUGAUGGGCGAGAUCGUGACCACGGUCUCCAGGCACGCCAUCUGGAUCACCGAGCAGGGGCCCGGCCGGCCCGGCGUCGGCGGGGGGGUCUCCGCGGCGGAUCUCGAGCGCAUGGUGGCCACGGUCUCCUCUGACCUCUCCCGGGCCCGUCUGGACGGCACCUUCCCGUCGGAAGGGGCCUGGGAUCCGGAUCACCUCCCCGUCCCCAAGCUGGCGAGCUUCAUCAUCCGGGCCAUCGUCGACCACCACCUCCACUCGUUCUCCCCGGGAGUGACCGGGCCCCCGCCCGCCACGGCCCACCUGGCUGAGGUGAUGGUCACCCCGUCCACGGGCGGGGACGGGGGCCGCGUCAGCCGUUCCCGGGCGGCCCUGGUCAACUCUGCCCCGUUCUUGGAGGAAGUCCUCUCGGGCCUCUUAACCAAAAUCCUCUACGCCUUCGCCAACAACAUAUUCUACACGGACGGCCCGCACGGCCCCGCCUCCAAAGUGACCGGCAUCGUGAAGGGCCUGGUGGGGGCCAUCGUGCGAGAGUUCGACGAGGCGCAGAUCGUGUUCACCGAGGGCCCGGGCGGGGACCUGGGCUCUUGUCCGAGAGCCAGGGAGAUGGUGGGCCAGGUGGUCAACUCCGUGUACGACAGAAUCCUGGGCGAAUACCGAUCCCUGAUCUUCAUUUACCGAGACGUCCAGAGGGACCCCAAGACCGUGGGGCGGAAGAUCUACAAUUUGGUCCUGGGUGAGAUUUACGAUUACCAGAUGGAGGCCCUCAUCUCGGGCGAGUCGCCGGCCAACUGCGCCUCGCUCAGGGCCGAGAAGAUCGUCGCCAACGUGCUCGGGGCCAUCGGCAAGGGGAGCCCAACUCCGCCCUCGUUUGUCACGGUGUUGCCUCGUUCCCUGAUAGAGGAGAUGAUCUACAAGCUCCUGACGCACCUCUUCCCCUCCUAUUUCCCGGCCGCGGCGCCCGAGACGGGAGCGCCGGCCCCGGCGGACCCCGGCUUUUCCGAGGCGGCUUCGCGGCUGACCCGGGAUGUCCUGUCGGAAAUCUCGGAGCACGAGAUCCGGCUGGCCCCCGCCGGGCCGGAGCCACUCCACGAGCCGGUGGAGCGGAGCCGGGAGGUGGCUGACGCCGUCUGCAGGAACAUCCUAAAACACCCCGAUUUUCCAUCGGAAGUCGAGAGGGACCUGGAAAAGGAGGCUGGGCGGGCCGUCUCCGGGGUGGUCGGCCUGCUGAUGAAGGAGCUUGUCAAUCAGCACCUUGACCCGUUCCUAGAAAGAGAUGGGGCCCCCGAGGCCCCGCCGAGUGAGAUCAGCCGGAGCGAGACCCCCCGAUCGCCAAAGGGACGGAGGCCACCGCCGCCAUCGUCAUCGUCGCCCCCCGCGGUCUACUCGGCCGCCUUUUUAGAAGACGUCAUCUUCGGGCUCGUCCGCAAAAUUUAUUCCCUCCCCGAUCCCGGCGAACCCGGGAGCCCGGAAGGGGACGUCCUGAGGAAGGCCACGAAAUUAGUCGACUCGCUGAUGGAGGAGUUUAAGAGGAAUGACAUUCGGGUCCUGCCAGAUGCAGAAGAAAAGCUCUCCUGCCCGCGUGUAGAUGAGGAAACGGUCGGCAAGAUCGCGGACUCCGUGUACGAUCAGGUUUUGGAGAACUACGGCUCCGAACAAGACAUCUACAGAGACCUGAACGAGGAUGACAAGGCGCUGGUGGAAACCCUUGUCAGCCUGGCGAAGAAGGCCACCUCGGCCUUCCGGCUCCGGCCGCUGUUUUCCGGAGGCUGGUCUUCCUUCCUGUUGUCGUUCCUCGAACCCGGGGAUAUAACUCACGGGGUGAAAAAUCCUCCGCCGGGGGCGACGACGACGGUCCUCGUGGAGGAAACGCCCGGGCCGCCGCCCGAAGACACGCCGCGCAAAUCCCAAACGCCCAAACCGCCGUCGAAAGUAACUCCGUUUGCUUCCGAGACGCCCCGGCCACCGAAAGCCGUGCCGUUCGCGUCCAGAGCACCCAAGACGCCGAAAGCCACACAGCUCGCGUCCGAAAUGCCCAGGCCGCCGCCGAAAGCCACACAGCUCACGUCCGAAACGCCCAGGCCGCCGCCGAAAGCCACCCAGCUCGUGUCCGAAGCACCCAGGCCUCCGCCGAAAGCCAUGCAGCUCGCAUCCGAAGCACCCAGGCCUCCGCCGAAAGCCACCCAGCUCGCGUCCGAAGCACCCAGGCCUCCGCCGAAAGCCAUGCAGCUCACAUCUGAAGCACCCAGGCCUCCGCCGAAAGCCACCCAGCUCGUGUCCGAAGCACCCAGGCCUCCGCCGAAAGCCACCCAGCUCGUGUCCGAAGCACCCAGGCCUCCACCGAAAGCCGCCCAGCUCGCCUCCAAAAUGCCCAAGCCACCAAAAGCCACACCGCCUGCGUCCGAGACGCCUAAGCCACCACCCGAAGCCACGCCGCGGACGUCCGAAACGCCCAAGCCGCCAUCCAAAGUCACGUCGUUUGCUUCCGAAACGCCCAGGCCGCCGCCCAAAGCGACGCCACUAGCGUCUGAAAUGCCGAAGCCACCGAUAGCCACGCGACACGCCCCCAAAAUGCCCAAACUGCCACCAAAAGCCACGCCGCCUGCGUCCGGGACGCCCAAGCCGCCGCCCAAAAUCACGUCUUUUGCAUCCGAGACGGACAGCCAUCUCCAAGUCGGCUCGGAGGGCUCCCAUAAGGGCACCGCUCAUCCUGCCGACCUGAAAGUGAAAAAGCACUCCCUGGACCCCGACUCCCACAGAGUAAGGUACGAGGAGAGGAGGGCGGAGCCGGGGUGGGCGGACGUGUACGAGGACCUGCCCGCCUCCUACGAAGACGUCCAGAACGUCAUCGAAAACAUCUACAGCAACAUCCUGUACAGCUCCGACCCCCAGCUCUCGGUCUCCGGCGCCGCAAAGGCGAGAAGUCGCUCGCUGGAUCAGUUCACGAACGUGAUCAGGAGGCUCGUCGAAAUGCAGAAUCUGCCGACCGCCAGCCCGCGGCAUUCGGAGGACAAGGGCGUCCCCCCCGCCCCCAGCGGGAAGACUCCGGCCCCCCCGCCGCCCCCGUCCCCGCCCCCCAUCUUUUCCGCUCAGUUUUUGGAAGAGGUCCUCACGGAAAUCGUCAACAAAUUAGUCUCCCCCUCCCCGCCGGGAGGCCGGGACCGCGGGGAGGCGGAGGCGGAGGCCGGGGAGGGCAACGGAGAGCUCUUCGAGGCGGCCAUGAGGUUGGUCGACUCCGUCGCGAAGGAGCUGUCGGAAGCGCAGGUCCGGAUCCUGAGGCGGGAGGGGGAGGCCGGGGGUCCGGCCUCCGCCGACCGGGCUGCGGUGGACAGGGCGGUCCACUCGUCCAUGUGCGGGGUCCUGCGGGACUACGGGCCCCCCGAAGCCAUCCGGGCCCACCUCGAGGAAGGGGACGCGGAACUGGCCAAGACGCUGACGGGGGCCGUGGUGACGGGACUCCUGGAACACCGGAUCGACCCGGCCCCGUCCGGCGAGGGGCCGGACCCUCCCUGCUCCACCCUGGAGCCCGAGGAGGUGGUGAGGAGAGUCCGCCAGGCCAGUGGGAGAAGCGCUCGAGGGCCUCGGACCCCGGCGCCGGCCACCGUCACGCUGCCCCACGCGUUUCUGGAAGACCUGAUCACCGUCCUCCUGGCCAGGAUCUUCUCGCCCCCCGCCGCCCCGCCGCGGGCGUCCCCGGGGGCCGGGGCUCCCGGCGGCUUCUCUGAGCAGGGCUUCGUCCAGAUGAAGCUGGUGAGCAUGGUGAUGACGGAGAUCUCCAAGGAGAGGAGCCUGAGGAUCCAGCACGCGGAGUUCCUGGGCCCCGGCGACGACGAGGUCCUGCGGGCGGUGGCCGAAUCGAUCUACGCCCGCCUCCUGCCCCAGUUCGGGUCCCCCGCGGCCCUCCGGAAGUGCGCCGCGGGGGGCUGCAGCGUCCUCUCGGAGACCAUCGCGGACGGCGUGAUCCGCGAGGUGUCCGGCGAGCCGCUGCGGACGUACUUCUCGGGGGAGCUGACCCCCGGCCGCUGCGGGGAGGUGGACGCCGUCGUGGACGACAUCCUCCGGGGAAUCGGCGAAGCCGUGGGGCCCCCGCCGCCCAGCCCGCCUGCCCGCGAGCGGUCGCUGCCCUCCGACGUCCUGGAGGAGAUCGCCGUCAAGUUCCUGACCAAACUCCUGUCCGGGUACCCCUGGGGGGACUCCGGGGAGGAAGACGACGGGUCCCCGGAGACCGAGAUGGCCGGCAUCGCCUCGAAGGUCGUCGGCUCGCUGCAGGAAUUGCUCUCCCGGAGCCAGAUUCGCCUGGUGAGGCUGGUCAGCGAGGCCUGCUCCUCGCAGGCCGGGGCGGGGGAGCUCACCGACCGGAUUGCCGACGCCGUCUACCAGGGCCUCCUGAGCCAGGCCGGCUCCCUCGGGGCCGUCUUCGAAGACCUGCUGGGCGAGGGCGACGCCCUGGCCGACGCCAUCGGCUCCCUGAUGGUCAGGGAGAUCGAGAACUCGGAAUUCCGGCCCGGCCCGACGGGAGAGGCGGCCCCCGGGAGAGGCGACGGGGGCCUGGAGGCCGGCGGGAUCGUCCGGAGGGUCCUGGGGACGGUGGGCGGGCCCAAGGCCGCCCCCCGGGCAGACCCCCCGCCGAUCGCCACGUUAGUCGAGGAGGUCCGGGCCCUGUUCCUGGAGAAGGUCGCGGCCCUGCCGCGGGCCGGACCCCCGUAUAAGGGUCUCUCCGAGCCGGAGCUGCACCGGGCCGCCUCCCGCCUGAAGAGAUCCGUGGAGGCGGAGGUGUCCAAGAGCGACGUCGGCCCGGAGACCGCGGGCCUCACCGAAGACGUCCUGAACACCGAGGACGUCGAGAUGGUCUCCCAGGUGGUCGACUCCAUCUACUGCACCGUCCCCCGGGAAGCCGGGCCGGACGAGGACCUCCUGGACGAGCUCCGGGGCCUCGGCGGCGACCUCCUGGAAAAAGCGGCAGGCCCGAUCGGCGACGAGAUCUCCGCCAUCCCGGGGCCGGCGAGCGCGCGGCCCUCUCCCGGAGACGCCCUCGGGAACCUGGACGUGGAGGCGGCUGGGGAGGAGGGCCCGGAGGGCUCCGAUGGCGAGGCGGGAGAGGACCUCGUCACCCCCCCCGCAGGCCGAGGACCCCCGGUCAAGCUCGUCCCCUGCAUCGGGGCCAAGCCGGUGAAGAUCGACCCGUCCAUUGUCUCCGAACACCUGGCGGUGAUUUCCGUGAAGACCCGUUCCCUGGAAGAGCUGAAGAAGCAGUGUCUCUCCAAGACCGGGCUGAGCCUCGGGGAGCUGCGGAAGGCCUCCAUCACCGGCAAGAGCUGCUCCUCCUCCGGGGCCUCCAUCGGAGACCACAAGAAAGAGCGACGCAUCUCCCUCGAUAAGACCGGACGGUUGGACCUGAAGCCCUUGGAGGCUGCGUGUCGCAAUUCCUUCCAGAACAUCACGAAGCCGGACAUCACCCGGGUGGAACUUCUGAAAGACGUGCAAGACCGGAAGGACCUCAUCAUCCGCCUCGUGGCUCACGACAUCGACCAGGACAGCCCGGGCGGCCGACAGGAGGAGGAUCGCCUGGCCGAGGAGGCGGAGGAGGAGGAGGAGGAAGAGAUUGUGCUCAAGGAAGAGGCCCCCGCCUUCUUCGCCGACACCAUCUUCGAGGAGGAGACCGAGUCCGGCGAGUCGGGCGCCUUCCCGAAGCCGUCGGGCAGCAGGCCCAGCCUGCCCAAGCCCUCCCUGAGCAGCAGCAGCCUGAAGAAGUUCCUGUCGCUGAGCAAGUGCUGCCAGGACGCUUCCACCACGGCUCCCGAGGUGGCCGUCGCCACCCCGAGCCAGACGCGGGCCCCCGAGGAGAAACCGAGGCACAGCAGCGGGACGCUCCCGCGGAGGGACGCGGAGGGCCCUGCUCCCCCUCCUACCCGGAGAGUCUCCCCAGAGAAACAUGAACGACCCCUGACCAGUGGAGAGAAACCGCCUUCCUCAGAGCCCGCUCAUUAUCUGAUCCACAGGACCAUGAGUUCUUCAUCCUAUAACCAAGAGGAUUUGGCCUCGCCUCCACCUGGAGCUCCUCCCGGACACAUCCCCGAGGCUAACGCCGCAGCUUCUGGAGACCAGAAGGAAGCAGAAGCGUCGGAAGCGAACAUUGAGUUCUUCACCAUCUUUGAGGGGCAUCAUAACCUGGAGGAUUCAGAGGAGGCGGGGGCAGGCUCAGUCGAAGGCAACGCGUCCAAGCACCAGAUCAACGUGCUGGAAAAGGUGUCCUCCGCGCUCUCCAGGGUCUUCUCUCGGACGUCCGCCAGCCCCCCCGGCCCCCCCUGAAAUCACCCCUGCCCCCUCACCAACAUUAAAUCCAUCCGAGGGUCGUUGGAAA